AUGGACGCCGAUAGCGACGACCCGCGCGACGAUGAGCUCAGCUCUCUCCACGCCAUCUUCCCCGAACUCGAGCCCGAUGACCAGAACCCGUACUCCUUCUCCAUCGAGCUCCCCGUCCACCCUGCGAAGCCCGUAACCGUCACCUUCCCGGCCGCCUCGAACGCCGACGUUCCCGUUGCGGCGCAAAUCCCCGGCGUCGAGCCCCGCGUCGAAUCCCACGAGCUGUUCCACCUGCCAUCCGUCGUUGUCCGCAUAUCUUUGCCACAGGGCUAUCCCUCAGAGAAGCCGCCGAGUGUCAGCAUAAGCACGUCGCCACCAUGGCUGUCGAAGGAGGCCACCAGGAAACUGGAGGAUGACGGCCCGCGGUUGUGGGAGGAAAUGGGCAGGGACAUGGUCGCCUUCACGUACAUUGAUCAUGUGCAACAGGCCGCCGACGACGUGUUUGGCAUGGUGGACGGGAACGGAGCGCUGGAGAUUGACCCGCUUCACAAGAUCGCCGUUUUGGACUACGACAUCGAGGCUACUCGGGCCGCGUUUGCAAAAGAGACCUUUGACUGCGGCGUCUGUUUAGAUCCCAAGAAGGGUUCAGUCUGCCACAAGAUGCUCGACUGCGGGCACAUUUUCUGUACCCAAUGCUUACAGGAGUUCUACGAUAAUGCCAUCACAGAAGGAGACUUGGCCACCGUUCGCUGUCUUGCCCCGAACUGUGCAAAGGAGCGCGCGGAGACGCAAAGCGCCUCGGGGAGAACGAAGAAGCGCAAGGUCAAAACCGCCAUCAGCCCGAGUGAAUUGCUACAGAUGGGCCUGUCCCAAGACACGGUAACCCGCUACGUGACGCUCAAGUACAAGAACGAGCUGGAGUCGGACAAGAACACCAUUUACUGCCCUCGAUCAUGGUGCAACGGAGCUGCGAGGUCGAAGAAACACAGGAAGCCAGACGGCCUGGAGGACGUGGAAAGCUCUGACGAGGAGACGGACGAGGAAGGCCAGGGAACUGACGGGAAGCAAAAGACGAAAAAGACGUUUGACGUCGGCGACCUCUUGGCCAUCUGCGAAGACUGCGGCUUCGCCUUCUGCAGUCGCUGCUUCCAGUCGUGGCACGGGGAGUUCUUCCGCUGCACGCCCAAGCGCGACAAGGAGGAGAUGACGGCCGAGGAGCAGGCGUCGAUCGACUACAUCAACCUACACACGACGCCGUGUCCGACCUGCGGCGUCCCGGCGCAGAAGACACACGGCUGCAACCACAUGAUCUGCUUCCGCUGCGCCUCCCACUUUUGCUACCUCUGCUCCGCCUGGCUCGACCCGCGGAAUCCCUAUGCGCACUUCAACGAGCAGCCCAACGGGAAGUUCACCUCGUGCUACAUGCGGUUGUGGGAGCUCGAAGGCGGAGACGGCGAUGAUGUGGAUGUCGGGUUCGCUGGCGGCAGGCAGCAGCAGCAGCAGGCUCCGCAGCCCGUCGAGGUGAUUGAUAUCGUUCCCGAGAUCGAGGAGCCCGACGACACCGAGUCGGAGGAUGAGGCGGACAACGCUGUCCAGGAACCACGGCCUCCAGCAGGCGGUGUUGCGCGGGAGGGGCCACUCCACCAGCACCACCGGCCCGCCGAGGAGGUCAUCAACCGCGAGGCGGACGCGGUCGAGGGAAUAGGGGUGCCAUGGACGGUCGAGGAGGUCGUCGGCAGAAUCAACAGAGGAACCCGAACCAGAACCAGGCCCAGCGGGUGCCUGUUGCAGGAGGCGGAAAUGGCGCUGCAGGAGUAA